AUGGGUAUGUCCUUGAGUUCGUUGUUUCAGAAGCUCGUGGGUAAGGAGGAGAUGCGCAUCCUCAUGGUCGGCCUGGAUGGUGCCGGCAAAACUACCAUUCUUUCUAAGCUGAAACUCGGCGAGGUGGUCACAACAACACCGACUAUUGGUUUCAAUGUUGAGACGGUUGAGUAUAAAAACAUAAGUUUCACGGUUUGGGAUGUCUGUGGACAAGAUAAGCUCGGUCCAUCGUGGACACUCUAUUAUAAGAAUGCUCAAGCUGUCGUCUUCGUCGUUGAUUCCAACGAUAGGGAUAGUGAGAGGAUGGAUGCUGCCAAAGAAGAGCUCCAUCGCAUGCUCAACGAGGAGGAACUAAGAGAUGCUUGUGUUCUAGUUUUCGCCAACAAACAAGAUCUGCCCAAUGCCAUGACCAUCACGGAAGUGAGAGAGAAGUUAGGACUGCAGUCUCUGAAACAUCGUACUUGGUACAUACAGUCGGCUUGUGCUACCACUGGCGAUGGACUCUAUGAAGGCUUCGACUGGCUCAGCAAGACCCUUGCCAAUGCGAAAUAGGAUUUUUGAUUACGAGUCGUUGAUUACUUUUUUAUAUAAGGGAUAUCGUC